GACAGGAGCCAUGGCCGUGUUCUCUGCGCUUCACUUACUCUUUCUGUUACAGCUGGUGACAUCGGCACUCGCCCAGAGGCCGGGUCCUCGAGGCACACUGGGGACGCCGGGGCCACCGGGACCCCCAGGGAAAGAUGGCAUCGAUGGAAAACCUGGCCCUCCUGGACUCCCCGGAAAGCCUGGGCCGAAAGGAAAAGCGGGUGGCCCUGGGGCCGCGGGGAGCCCGGGACUGCCUGGCCUUCCUGGUGUGGAUGGUUUGACCGGUUCGGACGGUCCAGCUGGCAAAGACGGACCCCCAGGAGCAGCAGGAGACCCAGGACCUCCAGGACCAGGUGGACCCCCUGGCAGAGGCAGGCCAGGAGCUCUGGGUCUUGCUGGAGAGAACGGGCUUCCAGGUGGAGCGGGCCCUCAGGGGCCGCCGGGGCCGGAGGGUCUUCCAGGACUUCCUGGUCUUGCAGGCGUAGAUGGACCUCCUGGACUUCCAGGAACUCUUCCUGAAGGCAAUGGAGAUCUGCUGUGUCCGGCCAUCUGUCCUCCGGGUCCUCCUGGACCGCCUGGGAUGCCUGGAUUCAAGGGUCAUACAGGUCAUAAAGGAAGCAAGGGAGAGCUGGGGAAAGACGGAGAGAAGGGUGAUCAGGGGCCGCCUGGUCCUCCGGGAACCCCAGGGACAGUGGGAUUACAGGGCUCUCGAGGGCUGAGGGGUCUGCAGGGGCCCGGGGGAGCAGUGGGACACAGAGGAUUGCCUGGUUUCAGAGGAAAGCCUGGAAUUGCUGGCGUCAUUGGGAAAACCGGUGAUGCUGGUGAAAAGGGACCUCAAGGUUUCAGAGGGCCCAAAGGAGAGAUAGGGAAGAUCGGCCCCAAGGGAGUCCCUGGAGGUGCAGGACCUAAAGGCGAGCCUGGCAUCCCUGGCAGAGAUGGGAAGGAUGGGACUCAAGGACUAGACGGUGAAAAGGGGGAUGCUGGUAGACCUGGAGUAUCUGGCGAAAAAGGACCUAAUGGUCUGCCUGGUUUGCCAGGAAAAGCAGGUGCAAAAGGUGCCAAAGGAGGAGUGGGCAGUGCAGGAGAGAUGGGAGAAGCAGGACCCUCUGGAGAGCCAGGUAUACCUGGCGAGAUCGGCAUCCCUGGAGAGAGAGGAGAAGCUGGACCCCGAGGAGUGGCUGGUGGCGUUGGACUAGCUGGAAACACUGGACCCCAAGGUGUUAAAGGAUUCCAGGGCGUUAAAGGAGCGCUGGGCGACCCAGGGCUGCCGGGGCCCACUGGCAUCAGAGGCGGGUUUGGCGAGAGGGGUCCCGGUGGAGCUGGAGGGCCUAAAGGAGAUAUGGGAGUUGCUGGGAGUGAUGGUUUGCCAGGGGAGAACGGAGAGCCGGGUCCAUACGGCCCCGUCGGCCAGAAAGGAGAGGCUGGCAAGCGAGGUGAACUGGGAGCCAAAGGAGUUGUGGGACCCCAGGGAGAGACUGGAGCCAGAGGGGCUCCUGGGAAACCGGGACCAAUGGGAUUCCAGGGAGAACAGGGCUUCCCAGGCGUCUCCGGCAAGACUGGUGUUCCUGGCAAACUGACCAGUGAGCAGCACAUCAGGGAACUGUGUGGCUCCAUGAUCGAUGACCAGAUCGCUCAGCUCGCUGCGAACCUGAGGAGGCCCCUGGCCCCUGGAGCCGUGGGACGGCCUGGACCCGCCGGGCCCGCGGGACAGCAGGGAGAGGCGGGGUCCAUCGGGCACCCCGGACCCCUCGGCCCGCCGGGCUAUAGGGGACUGCCAGGAGACCUGGGGGAUCCCGGCCCUCGAGGGGAUGUUGGAGAGCCGGGCGAUAAGGGGCCCGUGGGGAAAGCCAUCGAAGGGCCCGUCGGAGACCAGGGGGAACCGGGUCUGCCAGGAGUGCGAGGCAUCGUGAAAGACGGCCGAGACGGAGCGGACGGAGACCCCGGAGAGCCAGGAGAAGCCGGGAGAGCCGGCCGACCGGGACACCAGGGCUCGCCUGGGAUCUGCGACACUACAGCGUGCCAGGGAGCUGCGCCUCACGGGAAGACCUCCAACCCCAAGAGCCAUUAGCACCCGGAGGAGGAAGAGGAAGAGGACUGAAGCAGAGCCAGCGUUUCACAGCUGAGCUCCAGAGAGGACAAGAGUCCAUCAGUGUAACUCAAGAUCAUCCACAGGCUUGAAGAACCAACAUGUGUAGAUACAACAGAAGAACAAAUACAUCACACCGUCUCAAUAGCUGAUGUACAAAAAAAAACAAGUCCAAUCCUUGUAGCGCCGCGGUUAAAGAGUCUCUGUCCAGCACCCAUGAGAAGAGUGAUGCUGAAGGGGG